AAGCAGGUGGCCAUGUUUGCGUACGGAGGAAGUUGCUGUGGGCGGCGCCAUCUUGCAAUACGGGAAUAGGGAAGUGGUUCUGGGCAGGGAGCGGCGGCCUGUCACACUGACACCGAAAUACCGAUCCGAUUGUUUCCUGCUGUUCCCCCGCCUGGAGCCGCCAUGAUCCUGCUGGAGGUUAAUAACCGGAUCAUUGAGGAGAUCCUCACCCUUAAAUUUGAGAAUGCGGCGGCCGGGAACAAGCCAGAGGCGGUGGAAGUGACUUUUGCAGAUUUUGAUGGUGUCCUGUAUCAUGUGUCCAACCCAAAUGGAGACAAAGCGAAAGUCCUGAUCAGUAUUUCCCUCAAGUUCUACAAAGAGCUACAGGAGCAUGGAACUGAUGAGGUUUUAAAGAAGGUUUAUGGAAAUUUUCUUGUGGCCCCAGAGUCUGGUUACAAUGUUUCUUUGCUUUAUGACCUGGAGUCUCUGCCUUCCAACAAGGACUCCGUCAUCCACCAGGCCGGCAUGCUGAAGCGCAACUGCUUUGCCUCUGUUUUUGAGAAAUACUUCAAGUUCCAGGAGGAGGGCAAGGACGGAGAGAAGAGAGCUGUGAUCCACUAUAGGGACGAUGAAACCAUGUACGUAGAAGCGAAGAAGGACCGGGUGACAGUUGUGUUCAGUACAGUCUUUAAAGAUGAUGAUGAUGUGGUAAUCGGGAAGGUUUUCAUGCAGGAGUUUAAGGAAGGGCGGCGUGCCAGUCACACAGCUCCUCAGGUCCUCUUCAGCCACCGGGAGCCACCCCUUGAGCUCAAAGAUACUGAUGCAGCAGUGGGGGACAACAUUGGAUAUAUCACCUUUGUGCUCUUUCCUCGCCACACCAAUGCCAAUGCACGAGACAACACCAUCAAUCUUAUCCACACAUUCCGUGAUUACUUGCACUAUCACAUCAAGUGUUCCAAGGCAUACAUCCACACUCGCAUGAGGGCGAAAACAUCUGACUUCCUUAAAGUUCUGAAUCGUGCCCGUCCAGACGCAGAGAAGAAAGAGAUGAAAACUAUAACGGGCAAAACAUUUGCCGCUCGCUGAUCAUCUGCAGUGACGCCAUGAGCAGACUAGUGAAUUGUUGUCUGGUUCAGUUCUCUUGUCCCCUGGUACUGAAUAAUACAGAAUGGAUCCAAUAUGUUGUGUAUUUGAGGUGCAACUCUGUAAAUGCCAAUGUAAUUGAAGCUGCGCUUUUUGCCAUGACAGAAAAAAAAGAAAAACGGUAAAAAAAAAAACUCAGUGUCACGUCACUGUUUAUCCCCGCCCCUUUCCAUGUUUUGCUUCUGAAUCUCCCUGUUUCUUUACUGAGCAUCCAGAAUCCUGAUGCGUGCGUCACGUGGAUGAACUGGACAGUUAUGAUCAUGUGUUUUUUGGGAUUGUUGAUAAUAAAUCUUUCUA